AUCUAGAAGAGUUUAUUGAUUCUUUUCAUUCAUAUCAUGUGGCUGCCAGAAUUGAUGUAGCUAGUGGGCAUGGCAAUAGAGUUCAUGUACAUAGACUUUUUGAAAUAUGCUUUAAAGACGAUACCAAAGAUUACUCUGGCUCAAGGACAAAUAGCAGUACAACUUGGUAUCGAUUACUCAAUGCAUCAAAUGCUAAUGCUAGACAAACUAUAGCAGCAGAUAGAAUUUGA